AUGUUAAUUAUACUAAUAUAUACAAUAGCUCAUUGCUUUUAAGCUGACAACACAUAUGUCACUCAUGUAUUUGACAAAGCCAUCGAAAACAAUUACACAAGGUACCCUGAACUCUUUGCAGUUCAAAAUAUUUAUGAUUCAGUCUCUAAAUAAAUAACUCUAAAAAACGGCAGAAAAGUCCUCUGUUAAAUCCCCAUACCCCAGAUAACUUAGCCAUUUCAGCUCGACAAAUUGACAAUCGUAAGAAACCUCACCGAUGAGGAAGUCAACCAUAUACUUUUUCCAUUAGAAGAUUAAUGUGUGCAACAUUAUACCAAAGAAUUCGUCUAUGAGUAUUGCUUCAAAAAAUACAUCCGUCAAUUUGACGAUCUGAAUACCAUGCUCAACAUGAGAAAACAAUAUAAAGAGGACUUCAGUCUUGGUAUUUCCAAAUCCUACCUUAGAGCUACUGAUGAAACUAAUGGUAUUCAUUAACCUGAUCAUGCCCUUUACACACUUGAUACUCAUUACCAUCAAAUUAUCAAUUAAGUUGAUUAAUUGAUCAUCAUUUCUGAAUGCAUUGCUAAAUUGAGAAAUUACACCAAAAUUUUGUUAAAAAACUAUGGAUACAACCUAACUGUUAACACAAUCACAGCAACUUAUCAUUUUGAAAUUGCUCUUGUUAUUCACAGUCAAUUAUUGUUGCUAAAACAGUGUGCAGAUCAAACCAUAAUUUCUGAUUCCUUUGAAUUUUAACCAUUCGAUGAAAUUCAAGAGAGGAUCCUACCCAAUCAAUAUUACUAAUAUAAAAACAUCAUAUUUGGCAUGAAUCUCAGAGCCUAAGAAAUGUUCCAUCCCCAACAAAGUCUAGGUGUUGUCUUUACUGAGCAUGUCCAUAUAGUUCAAGUUGAAAAAAUUAUAGAUUUCUGUGCCAUUCUUGUGUCUGGCAAUUCCUUUAGAAAAAAACCAAAACCCAUCUUCCAAAUUAAGAACUUGAUUUUGAUGGAUACCAAUGCUGUCUAUGUGGAAAUGAAGAGACCUGUUUAGAUUAUUGAGAACAUACUAUUUUUCGAAUGGGUAGAUUAAAUGGAUAUCAAUGAUUAUGUAACUAUUUUUGAGAACUCAACUUCAGUUUUCAGUUAUGUCGAAACCUUUAAAAUAGUAGGGUAUCAAAAUGGCAUGGCUACUUUGGAUAAGUAACUAACAAAAGGUCUCAAGUAUUCGGGCAAAGCCUUCAUUAAAAGGAAUGGCCAAUUCAACUAUGCUGAAAACAUCACUCUCUUUUAAUAGAACAACUCUGAGAGUACAGACGAAGAAUACUUGGAUUUCUAUAAAAUUGAACAUGAUCAAAUCCAACUCUACUUGUUUAAUAACUCUUAAUAAGGGAUAAAGAUCAAAUAGGAAUAUCAAAAUUUCAAUGGGAUCACUUUUCAUGUCAGUCCUUUAAAAUCAGCUCAGGCUCCAUCUUUAUUUAUUGACAUCAUAAGUCAAAUGUAUGAAGAGACACAUAUAUCCUUUCUUACAGUUCCUUAACACACCAUUUUUAUCAAAAGCAAAAGCAGACCUUAUAAAUAAAUGGAACCGAGAUACAUGAACAGUUCUAUCAUGAACGAACAAUAUUGGAUUAUCAUUGAUACUCAUACUGAUAAAUUAUAUAUUGGAAAUGAAUAUGAAAUUGAUCUGGUCAAUAGAAUGGUCGAAUUUCAAUUACUGAGAAUCAGAAACACAACUUCGCCAAUCAUUUUCGAUUUCACCAAAAAAUCAAAUGAAGUUAAGGUACUGGAUAUUAUGCUUUUACCUUUAAAAAACUUUCAGAUUUUUCAAAGCAAUUUCUUGAAUGGCACCUACCAUCCUCUAAAUUACACUGGAUAAGGAUAAGGCCAAUAUUUUGAAAGCUAUGAUCAGGGAAGUUAUUGCAAACCAAUCAACUCGACUCGAAAGAGCAUUGUGUAAUUACGGUGUUACCCAGGAGACUUAAUGAGGUUUCUAUCGAUAUAUGAGGAGGAAAUUUGCCAGCACAUAUCUCCUAUGCGAGAAUAAUUAAGACAUCGUAGAGCCUUCUGA